AUCAACCUGGUGGCAUCCCUCGGAAAAAUGAAUUGCAUCUCGGGCUGGUCACAAGGCGAAAUCUGCCCAGCAUCCUAAAGCAGAGUAGCAACAGAGACGCUGAUUGGCUAAGAGGUCCCCCUCAGCUCAAACAGCUAUGCAAACACUUUCCCUCUCUCACUCUCCGAGCGCCAGGUAAUUAUAGCCAGGAUGUUGGUGACGACAGUUGUCCCAACGAGACUUCAAAUGCUGGAAUAAAUUUGACAUUAUGACACUUGAUCCCGGCACCAAUGACGAGUCCGAGUAAACACUGCCCCUCAGUAUAAAUGCAGGGUCCCCCUUUGGAACAGAAGUUGUUUACCCCCUUACUCAACAUAUCUGCUCCAUGCUUAACCUCGCUGCUGUCGGGGUAGGAAACAGGGACCUUUAAAUUCAAUCCGCGAAACUUAACGUAACGUGAGGGGCAAAAGAAAUCCGAGGAGUAGAAAGCUAUCAGCUUAAAGGUGGACUGCCGUCCGGUGUGGUCUCUGGAGCGCACGCUGUUGCGGAGGGAACGGCCAGCAGCGCACAUUGGAGGGACGCACUUGACAGGAUAAGGGAAAUAAAGCGCCGCUGUAUUCUAGCAAGUGUCCCUCACUCCUCCAGACGUCCGCCAUCGCCUCUCUUGGGAACCAGAGCGACACAGCGCGCGAGAGAGAGAGAGAGAGACAGAGAUAGACAGAGAGAGAGGCGAAAUCUGCCAUUUGACACCGGGGGCCUCUCUGCAUCCAGGGGGCUGCGUGAUGGCGGCCAUCGACCUGCGGCGAGGGCUGGAGCACGGCGGUCGCGGCUGGGGCCCAGAGCGGGCCGACGCGACCGACGGCUUCGACUCGGAGAUGCAGGAGUGGGAGGACCAGCUGCAGGACAUGCAGAAGAAGAUCGAGGAGCUGUACAAUGAAGUCCAGGCACGCAGAGGAGGAAGUGACGUCACCACCGACAAGCAGAAGAACGGCGACGCCCUGGCGUUUGGCCUGGGGCACGCCGGCCACAGCCGCUACUACGACGGUGCCACGGGUGACAACCUGGUAACCGCGGCGACCGCCCCCAAGCGCCACGGCGGCGGCGGCAACGGGUUCGGCUGCGGCUACGGCCGCGGCCCCGACGGCUACGGCUACGCCGCGGACCACCGGAACGGCGGCUACGGCUACGGCUGCCACGGCAACGGAGUGGCGUCGGAGAUCGGAGACCUGCUGCAGGACUACCUGGGACAGGGCAAGGACAUGAGGCGGAAGAACAACGGCGCACGCCGCGUGCACUUCAACGACACUAUCGCUGUGAGCCGGGACCUCCCCAAGCACCAGGACGACGGCAGGGGCGGCGCCGGAAACGGAAGGAAUUGUCACAGCCAGCCGUCGGAAAGCGUGGAGGAGACGGAGAACCACAAGAACCGCACGUCCCGAACGAAAGACAAGGAGAACACCUGCGCCAAGCCCCCCCUCCGACAGAGGGACCCCUCCCCCUCCUCGGCGGCCCCCCGCCCGGCCCCCCAGCCGCACCCCCCCGCCGGCGGCGCGCACUGCGACUCCCCCGCCCUGGACAGGAAGCCCUUUGGCCAGGGGCAGCUGGCGGACAGGAAGUGCGGCAGCCCGUCCGUCCUGCGCAAGUUCGGCGCCAUGCUGCACGAGAACGAGGGCAAGACGCUCACCGAGUGCGGCGUGGUCACCCGGCGGGACGCCUGCCCGGAGAGCCCCAAGGCCUCCACGCCGGGCUCUCAGCGCCGGGCUCGGGCGCCCGCCGCCGACGCCCUGACGCCCGAGUCGGAGCCGGGCCAAAGGAGGAGGGCGCCGGUGGCCGGCAGCCCCAAGCCCAGACCCAGGGCCGACAGCGGCACGGAGAGGGACGCGGGGGGCCGGCGGGGGGGGUGCGCCCCGUCCCGCUACGGGGAGCAGCCCAGAGCGGACUUCAAGGCGCCGGGUGGCGGCGGUGGCGGCGGCGGCCAGAGGAACCAGAGGGGCCAGGGGGCCCAGGGAGAGGGGCCGAGCGGGGGCCGCGGGAGGGACGACGACGCGCUCAUGGAGCUGCUGGACAUGCUGGACAUUCAACACGAGUACAGCGCGGCGGGGCCCAGAGGGGGACACGCCGCACACAGACAAGGGCCACCGCAGGUCAACCCGGCCGAGUCAUCCACAGCAACACACACAAACAAUUUCUCCCGGCCGGCCCGGCCAGCCAAUCAGCGUCCUCCCUCCAGAUGGGCAAGCCGCACCCCUUCCGCCAAGAUCACCGCCCCGUCCGGCCCGAUGUACCGCCCCCCCAGUCCGCUGGCCCGCCCCGCUAGCCCACUGACUCGCAGCCCAAGUCCCGCCCCCAAACACAAGUCUCCUAUCUGCUACUCUCGCCAAAUCGAGACUGUCAUCAUGUGAGAAUCUGACAAAUGCCCGCCGGCCCUCGGCAACAGCUCACCCUGAGCCCCCCCCCCCCCCCCCCCCCGAAAUGCCUGCAUCUCACCUCGAACCCUGUGUAAAUAGGACAGACUGUUUAACUACGAUUUUUCUAAAAAUACUUGAUCAUGCCAUGGCCAAGAGAGGGAGCAAUCGAAUACAUUCUCCAGUGUUGCUGUGGCUUUCUCCCCUCGACUUCUUCUUUGGUUUUCCUUGUGCCAAAACCAUCAUUUUUCUUAUUUCUUAUUUCUUUCUUAUUUCGUUCUUUUCUUUUUUUUUUCAUUACUUUUGUAUGGACUUUCAUGUGGUUACUAUGUUUAAAUGUAUUCAAGCAUGCUCCCCCUGUUUGAGGGCGCAUGCUCCAGUGGUUAACCCCAUCCGCGUGGACAGCCAUGUUGGCUGGCAUUAGGAGCAGGACUGAAGUUGCACCUGUUGCAUCAGUCCAAGCAGCAACACGCUAAACUGAUUAUUGUGUGUGUGCUUGUACUGUAUCCUAUUAUAAAAUAAACAUAAUUCACUGUGUCGAGACGACGUCGGUGGAGAAAUAAGUAUGAUAAGCCUUUAAUGUACAUAUCCUUUUUCUUUUCCUUCUUCAUAAUAAACAUAAAAUGUGCUUUG